AUGCUCGUCCUCAUCGCCGGCAUCACAGGAUCCCUAGGCCAGCGCCUAGCAAAGACUGCUCAGGAUCAUGGUCUACAUGUUCGGGGGCUCGGACGUAGCCCUGAGAAGCUUCCAGAUACUAUCACCCAAAGCCUCGAAUCUUUCGUUCAGUCUUCAUCUCACGACGACAUACCUGCAUUAGACAGGGCGGUUGCCGGGGUGGAUAGCGUCAUCUGUGCCUACUCGCCUACUGACAUUCUCAGCCUGGAUGGCUGCUUGCUACUCCUUCGUGCUGCUGAGAGAGCCGGCAUCAAGGUCUUUAUUUCUUCAUCGUGGAACAACGAUUGGACACGACUGAAAUUCGGCGACUUCGAGCACUACGACACCUGCAUUGCCUUUGAGAAUCACGUAGCUCUAACUAGCUCCAUUCGUCCAGUGUACAUCUUCACCGGCGAUUUUUCCGACUUACUUAUCACUCCUUACGGGCCUGGUGCGCCGACUCUCACAGCCGAGAAGGCAGUAUUCCACUAUUGGGACGAAGAGGGCUUGAGGAAGAGACAGCCGUGGACUACGCAAGACGAUGCUGCGGUCUACACUAUUGAUAUUUUGCUCAACGGGGAUGGCGUACAGGAAGGCUGCGGUGGAUUCUUCACUAUUGCUUCCGGGAGGAAUACUAUCGUCGAAAUUGCUGAGGCAUACAGCCGAGUCACUGGCAUACCUCACGAGUUGGAGUGUAAGGGUAGCCUGUCUGACCUGGCGGAAGCAGUGGCAGAAUCUCGGCGGCGUCUGGGAAGAAGUCGAUCGUGGGAGUACGCACCACUGGUUACUGAGUUUCUCGUGAACACAGGAGCUUUUGAAGUUCCUGAUGAUCAAUUGUACAACAUUGUGCAAGUCAAGGCACCAACAACUCUUGACGACGCAAUGCAAGCUCUUAUCAGCUCUUAUCCAGCUUAA